AUGGAACGUCUUAGUGGACCAGAACUUGUACAAAAAGCUUCGCAAUUUAUAGCGAGUAAUAAACUUGAUGAAGCUGUAAAAAUUUUCGAAUACCUUGUAGAAAAAGUACCUGAUGCACCUUUACCACUGUUGAGUAGAUGUACUUGGUAUGUAUAUAUUAGACUAGAAAAAUAUGAAAAAGCAAAAAAAGAUGCCGAAAAACUUUUAAGUUUUCCGAAUAUGCCUAUUGAUAAAGAAUUAGCACCAGGAAAUUCAACAUUACAUUCUGUAGCAUAUGCAAGGUUAGCAAAAUGUUAUAAAGAAUUUGGACAAGUUGAAGAAGCAGAAAAAUUAUUAAAAAAAAGGGUGGAAAUAGAAAAAAGUACAACAAAUCCCCAAGCCAUUCAAGAGUUAAUCGACGAAGAUGAUGACAUAGAAGAAGUUAGAACGAAUAAUGGAAGAUCGGAAAAGCUAAGAUUACAAGGAAAUGAAUUAUAUAAAUUAAAAAAGUUCAAAGAAAGCUCAGUUAUUUAUUCGAAGGCAUUAGAACUUGAUCCAAAUGAUAUCUUGGUUCAUUCUAAUAAGGCCCAAGUGUUGUUAAAACUUAAUGAAUUAGAUGAUGCUUUAGAACAUGCAGAAAAAUGUAUUAAACUAAACACUAAAUGGCCGAAAGGUUAUUACCGAUGUAUAUUGCUUUUACAAAAGAAAUAUGGUGAAGCAUUUGCCGCACUUCAGUUGGCGAAACAUUAUGGUGCAAAGGACGCCGAUUUAUCAAAAAAAAUUGAGUUGGCACGCAAAAAAAUUAAAAAUUCGGCAAAUAAUUCUAUUGAUCCAUCAAGAACCUCCCCUAGAUAUUAUUUAUUGGCUAUUUAA